CGGAAGCCGGCCAAGGCCGGCGGGGCGCGGGGCAGUGGUGACGUUUCCGCGGUUGGUGGCCGGCGCUGUGUUUUGGCCGCCAGCAGCGGCUGCAGAGCGCUGGGCGGGCUCGCCGCGGUGGGCUGCGCUCGGCCCGGCUCGGCCCUCCUCCCGAUUCUUCUGAGUUGUACUUGAAGCCGCCAAAAUGGUUCUGGCAGAUCUUGGAAGAAAAAUAACUUCAGCAUUACGCUCACUGAGCAAUGCUACAAUUAUCAAUGAAGAGGUUUUAAAUGCUAUGUUAAAAGAAGUAUGUACAGCAUUACUGGAAGCUGAUGUUAAUAUUAAACUUGUGAAGCAACUCCGAGAAAAUGUCAAGUCUGCAAUUGAUCUUGAAGAAAUGGCAUCUGGCCUUAACAAAAGGAAAAUGAUUCAGCAUGCUGUCUUUAAGGAACUUGUUAAGCUUGUAGAUCCUGGAGUCAAAGCAUGGACACCUACCAAAGGAAAACAGAAUAUUAUCAUGUUUGUUGGUUUGCAAGGAAGUGGUAAAACAACGACCUGUUCAAAGUUAGCAUACUUCUAUCAGAGGAAAGGUUGGAAGACGUGUUUAAUAUGUGCAGACACAUACCGAGCAGGUGCUUUUGACCAGUUAAAGCAGAAUGCCACAAAAGCAAGAAUUCCCUUUUAUGGGAGUUAUACAGAAAUGGAUCCUGUAAUUAUUGCCUCAGAAGGUGUUGAAAAAUUUAAGAAUGAGAACUUUGAAAUAAUCAUUGUUGAUACAAGUGGACGUCACAAACAGGAAGACUCUUUGUUUGAAGAGAUGUUACAAGUUGCUAAUGCCAUACAACCAGAUAACAUUGUUUAUGUGAUGGAUGCUUCCAUUGGCCAAGCUUGUGAAGCUCAAGCUAAAGCUUUUAAAGAUAAAGUAGAUGUAGCUUCUGUUAUUGUUACUAAGCUUGAUGGACAUGCGAAAGGAGGUGGAGCUCUUAGUGCAGUUGCUGCCACAAAGAGUCCUAUUAUUUUUAUUGGAACUGGUGAACACAUAGAUGACUUUGAACCCUUUAAAACACAGCCUUUCAUCAGCAAACUGCUUGGUAUGGGUGACAUUGAAGGACUGAUAGAUAAAGUAAAUGAGUUGAAGUUGGAUGAUAAUGAAGCACUCAUAGAAAAGCUCAAGCAUGGUCAGUUUACAUUAAGAGAUAUGUAUGAACAAUUCCAAAACAUCAUGAAAAUGGGACCCUUCAGUCAGAUCCUGGGUAUGAUCCCUGGUUUUGGAACUGACUUCAUGAGUAAAGGCAAUGAACAGGAAUCAAUGGCAAGACUAAAGAAACUGAUGACUAUAAUGGACAGUAUGAAUGACCAAGAACUUGACAGUACAGAUGGUGCCAAAGUUUUCAGUAAGCAGCCAGGAAGAAUCCAAAGAGUAGCAAGAGGUUCAGGUGUUUCCACCAGAGAUGUUCAGGAGCUUUUGACCCAGUACACCAAGUUUGCACAGAUGGUGAAAAAGAUGGGAGGCAUCAAAGGACUUUUCAAAGGUGGUGAUAUGUCAAAGAACGUAAACCCAUCUCAGCUGGCCAAACUGAACCAACAGAUGGCAAAGAUGAUGGAUCCAAGAGUUCUUCAUCAUAUGGUGUGUGAUUUCCUUGGGGAAAAGAUUGCAUCUGUUCUGGGGAUAAGCACACCAAAAUACCAGUAUGCCAUUGAUGAGUAUUACAGAAUGAAGAGAGAGGAGGAAGAGGAGGAACAGGAAAACAAGAUGUCAGAAGAAGCAGAAAGACGGCAUCAGGAACAGCAGAACAAUCCUCAGGCUGAAGCUCCUGUCCACACAGACCAGCCCGAAGCAACAGCGUGCACUUCAUUUGUGAAUGUAAACUUUGAAAAUGAGGAAGACUGCCAGUCUGCGGGGGAAAAUAAACAAGAUGCAGUUCCUGUCCCUCCUUAAGUGUAAAGCUCUGUUUCGUAGGAAAUAGGAAGUGUCAGGUGUCACAAUCUGGCUAGAAGCAGGAAAAAUAGGAUUAUCUGUGUCACUGAAGUACAACCUGUAGCAUUCUUAUUGAUCGGGAGAGAGCUGCGCCAGGUGUGCUCUCUGCCUGCCCAGCCAAGGCUGAGGCGUCCCGCCCAGGCCGCACUCCGGUUACAAUGAAAAUUGCACUACAAAUACAUGGUCUAAAAUGGAAUGUGUGAGCUCAUUUCUGUGUCAAGCAAGUAAAAGUGUCUUUUCUUUGAAUUGCUGUCUCUCACACCCGUGGAUUGCAGAGGCAGUGCUGUUUCCUCCUUCUGAACACCUAUUUCUGAUUUGCACGUCAUGUGCAACUCGGCUCUCUAUGAAUAGAUUAAUAAGAAUCAAUACCCUGUAACUCACAAGUCCUUACACUAGCGUCUGAUUGUCCCUAUCUAUUGUCACUGUUGUAUGCAUGUGGUUUUCUCCUUGUGUUGUUUAACCCAAGAGAUAUUGUUAGAUUUAAUGUUAAUUAGAUUUAAGGGUCCACUGACUUCUCUUGUUAUAAAAAAUCAACUUUAAAGGAGGCUGUAAACUCCCUUAUUACCAAGUACCAGCUCUCUUGGAGGCUAACAGUGUGCAGCUGUUGUGGCAAAGUACAGGGUAAGAUGUUCUCACUCCAAGUAUUAAAGAGAUGCACCUGCUUGAAUACUUCACCUGUUCUGAAUGGUCCUGGGAAAUAAACUAAAGCCUUGCUAAAUUACACUGAAUGCACUGGACACUGGGGAUGGUACCAAUCCAGAACUAUGAAUGUAUUUUUGGACAUGGACUGCCUGAGUAACCUAAACAGACCAUUGUUAAAUUACCAGUAAGGGCUGUGCCACUGCAGGUGUUUUUCUCCCCUCUAGCAUUCAAUACGUAACUAGAAAUCACAAAACCAAACUGUACAAUUCUUCCUUUUUCUUAAAAAAACAAAACCUCGUGGUGGCAGUACUGCAACAACAGGAAUUUUAAUGUGUAAGGGAAACACAGGUAGCUCCAGAGCUUUCAAGUGGCCCCAAAUCCCAAUAAGGCUGUUUUACUGCAAUGACUUGUUCCACUUGUAGCUUGUACAAGGUGAAUGGUUUAACUUUGUGACAAUCAGAUGUCAGUGCCCCAGUCACUUUCUAUAGAGAACUGUAGGUAAAGGAGCAGAGAGGCUGUACUGGUUACCAUAUGAAACAUUACUUCUGUCCCUGAGACUCCUUAGAAAAGAAAGGGAAUUAAUUACAAACUAGUCUUCCGUGGAAUUUUAUGUUGGGUAUCAUCAUAGGUCCCUGGCCCUGGUCCCACUACCAACUAAGGAGCCUGAUGUACAAUCAGAAGCCAGGCAACUUGGCCCUUAGUUUCCAGAGUUCAGUUGUGUAUUUUGUACAACUUUCUGCCUGAACCAGUGUCCUGUAGAGCACAAAUUCCUUCUUGUCUGCCCUUAACAUUCCAGCACUACAGCUGUGCGAAAUCAUUCCUUUGCCUGACACAUUGGCAAGGGAGGGCUUGGCUCAACAGCUGGGGAAUACACGAAACACGUGUCUUGGGAGUUCUGACACUGGCAAAGAUAGGAAGUCUCACAUAGCUCGAGAAUGAAACCUUUACAGCUAAAGGAUGCUUUGCUUUUCUACUAAGUUUUUUCUCCUCUUCUUUCCCUACUAUCUGUUGCAUCAGAAAUGCUCUCACUGCCUUGAGUUUGAACAUCUCUGUGUAGAAUACUGUAUUACUCACUGUGCCUUAACUUAAUCCUUCCUUCAGUUGUUUGCAAACUGUAUGAAACUGGUUACUUUCAUAACAGUUUAUUUUUUCUGUAAAUGCAUUAAUUGGUUAUUUUAUAUUUAAUAUAAUUUU